GCCACGAUCUCGCGGGCCAAUCGCGCGGUUCCGGAGGAGGAGUCCCGGAGGGGGAAAAAGAAAGUGCGGCGGAAAGUAAGAGGCUUCAUCGCGGGCAGACUGCCGGGAUCCGGGUCCCCGGGGCUUCGAGCUGUGACCAGGGGCGCGGACGGAGGCGGACACCUCGGCAACCGGUUCCGCCGCUUUCGCGAGGACCGCUCGCUCCGCUGGCGCGGGAAGGAUGGGACUUCUGUGGUGCCUAAUGAGCCUCUACUUCUAUGGGAUCCAGCUGAGUCAUGCUUCAGAACGUUGUGAUGACUGGGGACUAGACACCAUGAGGCAAAUCCAAGUGUUUGAAGAUGAGCCAGCUCGCAUCAAGUGCCCCCUGUUUGAACACUUCUUGAAGUAUAACUACAGCACAGCCCAUUCCUCUGGCCUCACCCUGAUCUGGUACUGGACCAGGCAGGACCGGGAUCUGGAGGAGCCAAUUAACUUCCGCCUCCCAGAGAACCGCAUCAGUAAGGAGAAAGACGUGCUUUGGUUCCGGCCCACCCUCCUCAACGACACAGGCAACUAUACCUGCAUGCUGAGAAACACAACGUAUUGCAGCAAAGUGGCAUUUCCCCUGGAGGUUGUUCAGAAAGACAACUGCUUCAUUUCCCCCAUGAAGCUGGCAGUGCACAAGCUCUAUAUAGAAUAUGGUAUUCACAAGAUCACUUGUCCAAAUGUAGAGGGAUAUUUUCCUUCCAGUGUCAAACCAGUCAUCACUUGGUAUAAGGAUUGCACAGAAAUAAAGGGUUUUCAUAAUGUGCUACCUGAGGGCAUUCACUUGAGCUUUUUCAUUCCCUUGGUUUCAAAUAAUGGAAAUUACACAUGUGUGAUUACAUAUCCAGAAAAUGGACGCCUGUUUAAUCUCACCAGGACUGUGAGUGUGAAGGUGGUAGGCUCUCCCAAUGAUGCUUUGCCUCCUCAGAUCUAUUCACCCAAUGAUCGUGUUAUCUAUGAGAAAGAACCAGGAGAGGAGCUAAUCAUCCCCUGUAAAGUCUAUUUUAGUUUCAUCAUGGACUCUCUCAAUGAGAUUUGGUGGACCAUUGAUGGGAAAAAGCCUGAUGAUACCACGAUUGACAUAACUAUAAAUGAAAGUGUAAGUUAUUCUAAAACAGAAGAUGAAACAAGGAUUCAGAUUUUGAACAUCAAGAAAGUCACCCCCGAGGAUCUCAGGCGCAACUUUGUCUGUCAUGCUAGAAAUGCCAGAGGGGAAGUUGAGCGAGCAGCCAAGGUGAAGCAGAAAGUCAUACCUCCCAGAUAUACAGUGGAACUGGCAUGCGGUUUUGGAGUCACCGUCUUUCUAGUGGUGAUUCUCAUCGUUGUUUAUCAUGUUUACUGGCUGGAGAUGGUCCUCUUUUAUCGGGCUCAUUUCGGAACAGAUGAAACGAUUCUUGAUGGAAAGGAAUAUGACAUUUACGUUUCCUAUGCACGAAAUGCUGAAGAAGAGGAAUUUGUGUUACUGACUCUACGUGGGGUUUUGGAGAAUGAAUUCGGAUACAAGCUGUGCAUCUUUGACCGGGACAGUCUGCCUGGGGGAAUUGUCACAGAUGAAACCUUGAGCUUCAUUCAGAAAAGCAGACGACUCCUGGUUGUCCUAAGCCCUAACUACGUGCUCCAGGGAACACAAGCCCUCUUGGAGCUCAAGGCUGGCCUAGAAAAUAUGGCCUCUCGGGGCAACAUCAACGUUAUUUUAGUGCAGUACAAAGCUGUGAAGGACAUGAAGGUGAAAGAGCUGAAGAGGGCUAAGACGGUGCUCACGGUCAUUAAAUGGAAAGGGGAAAAAUCCAAGUACCCACAGAGCAGGUUCUGGAAGCAGCUGCAGGUGGCCAUGCCAGUGAAGAAAAGUCCUAGACGAUCUAGCAGUGAUAAGCAGGGUCUCUCCUAUUCGUCCUUGAAAAAUGUAUGAAAGGGAAAGUGAAAAGAAUAAAAAUAAGGGUUGCUCAUGGAAGGAAGAGUCCCCCUUCCUUACCCUAGCAUGUGGCUUCCUAGACAGAAAAAAAAUUUUUUAAAAGCCUUGUCUAAGCAUUUUUGUGGGGGGAAAUUCAGGUGUCUGCACCACUGGCAGCUCUGUUUCUCAGGCAGUAUUGAGGUUUAUAGUGAGAUUGUCCACACAUUGUCACCAGUUUCCAAUGUCAUUAUGAUCCCUGUAAAGACACAUUUGAUGCAUCCUCCAUCCUGAUUCCUCUAUCUCAACUUUUUAAGAGCAGUUUUGCCAUGGACUUCAACAUCCAUUUAAGAUGUCUUAUCUGUGGACAGCAUUGUUAUGCAUUUCUCAGUAGAGUUUUCCCAUUGUUUUAGUUUUAGUCAUCCACUGAAAGAUAAUAGUAGCCUAAAUUCACUUCAGCUGAGUAUAAUUUGCUUUGUUGCUUAUUUCUCUUGAACAUAUCACCUUAGCAAGACAAAGUCACACUAAAGCUGUUCCUCAUGACUGGCUGAGAGGGCAUGUUGCCCUUGCUCCUUCACUACCCUUGCCCUCAUCUCAGGUAACUGAUAUCAUAUUUGUAAACUUGAAAAGAAUUCCAGCUUUUGUUAUAUUAACUUCCUUAUUUUCUACAGAUAGAUCCAUAUAUUUCACUCCAUUUCUGUUUCUACUUAUACUAAUCAUCCAGAACUUGUAGUUAUAAAGCCAACAAAACAGGGUUGGUAGGUGGCUUCAUACCAGGUUCAGUCUGAAAAGAAUCUUCUAUUGGUGCUAAUAUGGUGAGUGAGAAAACAACAAAAUGCUUUUAGAGUACUUUUGAUAUGUGAAAAGAGUACAGAAGAGGUUGUUUGACAAUUUGUCUCUUAAUCUCAUCCUUAAUAAUGUGAAAACUGGAAAGAGAUUUCUUCUCACUUGUUCACACCUCUUCAUGAUAAAGUGAGAGGUUAGAUGUAGUAAGAGUUGCUUUUAGCAUUAAUAUUCUAAAAGAAUCAAUACUUCCUGUAAUUUAUUCACAAGUAUAUGUAGAACCUGGUUCUAGAUGAAUCCCAUCUGAAAAAUUACUGUCAAUGAAGCUGAGUUUUGUUAGUUUGACGCAAAAUUUUAUUUUACUGUUUCUCAGAUUUGGAAGUGUGAAAACUAGGUACAACAUUUACAGAGUGAUUAAUAUCUGCAACAUAUAUAUGUCUGUGUCUUUGUGUGUGACAUCUGCUCUCUACACCCCUUUACAAGUAUACUCAUAUUAAAUACAUGCAUGUACAGUAAUAUUAACAUGUGCAUGAAUUAUUUAUAUGUCUAUACUUGGGAUUAUACACUAUGUAACAACACAAUUACACACACAUGCACACACAUACAUAUUUAAAUAAUCUUUGGUUCAAUUUUACUGACCAGUGAAACUCUUGUGCAGUUUUUAAGAUUAUGUUAAUACUAUAAUGCUUUUAUGUUGGUGCUGUUCCUACUUCAUUCAUGUUAUUUGUGAAUUUGCAACUCUACAAGUUGUAGUUCCCACUGCUGUUGCCUUCCACAAAUUGUGAUAAACCCCCACUCCUAUAGUUCACUUGGGUUGCAGUGGAAUCUCUUGUGCAUAGAGUUUCCAUGGUCACUGCUAAAUAGCCAGGAAUCUGAUAUUAAUUGGAUUUCUUACAGACACAAUUAGAAACUAAACUAUGCUAAUCCUGGUGCUCAGCUAUGUGGAUUCCUGAGUAAUAAAGGAAACAAGUAUAAGUGAGACUAAGUAUCCUGUAAAAUGUAAUUCACAAUUGGAAGAAGCCUUUAUUAUAGGACAAUUGUAAAAUUAUCUCCUACAUCUAAGUGUCCUUAAUCAGAAUUAAAGUCCAUAAUAAAUAAUUUCUCUAUAUGAGUUAUUAUUUUAAAUUGAAAACGUGGUCCCCUCUGAAUUCUUGACUAUAAAACUGUAUUAUGAAAUCAACUUUGGAUCAGAUAUUUCUAAUUUUAUUGAUAUUAUUGUUAUUUCAAAUCACUAUCAUCAGCAUUAACCUGUUAUUCACAAGAUAGGGGAGAGUUGACUCCACAUAAGCCUUGGAUGUCAGUUCUGGCAGGAGUUCUAAGUGAGCCUGGAACAGAUUUCUCACCAGCAAGCUGUUCUCUUUGCACUUUUUGAUUUUAUGCUCAUCCCAAAUGCUGUUGGGUGUCCCUUUGAGCUUUUCCUAUUUAUAGUCCUUUUUUAUACUGAACUUUUCCAAAUGUUAUAAUGUAAAGCAUAUCAAAUCUAAGUAAUAUAUCUCAUCCUAAGAGAACUUAAUUUCAUGAUUUUUUUCAUUUUACAGAAGAUACACAACAAAGAGCAUGUGAGCAAAAUGGGGAAACACAUUUGAUAUUUAGACAGAAAUGAAAGUAAUGUCUCUAAAAAAAAAACAAACUUGAUAAUUUUAUAUCU